AUGAUGUUUCGUCAAACAUGGAUACACGCGGCAGUUAGAAAGUAUCAAUUAAUUUUAUGGCGUGAAUCUCCUGCGGAUCUGGUGCAGGUGUAUGAGCUUACGACGCAUACGUACGGCCUGUACUCCAGCCCCUUCGUGGCGAUUCGUUAUCUGCUACAGCUAGCUGAGGAUGAGGGGGAGCGUUAUCUUCGCGCAGCGAACAUUUUAAGGGCUAUUAGUUAUGUUAAUGACCUUAACGGGAGCGCUGACACUAUUGAAGAGGUGCGGAUCUUAAAAACAGAGCUUAUUAAUCGCAUGAGUACUGCUGGUUACGAGUUGUUGGAUGAUUUACCUUUGGACCAUAUGGAGUUGCCUAAACCUAAUCCAGUUUAA